UAUGGUAUUGUUGUUUCUAUGCGAAGUCACAUCAGAUGUGAAUUAACAGCUGGGCAGUCAGGUUUAACACAGUCCCCAAGAGGUUUGGGUCCACUGCUAACAAGAGAACCUUGUUCCAAGAAAUCAGCCAUGAGUUCUUCCCUGGUGUGUGUUCAAGACUAUGAAGAACAAGCUACAAAAAUCUUACCUAGAAAUGCACUUGACUAUUACCGUUCAGGUGCAACACGAGAAAUUACUCUCCAAGAAAACAAAGAUGCUAUUAAAAGAUGGUACAUAAGACCAAGGUUCCUCCGCGAUGUGUCAAAGCGUAGUAUGCAAACCACUGUAUUGGGUCACACAGUGAAUGUCCCAUUUGGAGUUGCUCCAACAGCAAUGCAGAGAAUGGCCACUCCAGAUGGUGAAAGUGCUAAUGCAAGAGCUGCAGGCAAAAUUGGCACAGUAUUUACCCUCAGUACCAUUGCCACGACCAGCAUUGAAGAGAUUGCUUCUGAAGCCCCUGAUACUCUUCGUUUCUUUCAGCUAUACAUAUACAAAGACAGAGCAGUCACAGCCAGCUUGGUAAAAAGAGCAGAGGCUGCUGGAUUCUCUGCACUGGUACUAACUGUUGAUGCUCCCCAUUUUGGCAUCCGAUUGGCAGAUUUAAGGAACAAGUUCACUCUACCUCCUCACCUAGGUAUGGCUAAUUUCCAGACAGGUGAUGAAAAGUCUAACCGUGUGAACACCUCAGCUGGAGGCUCUGGAAUCAAUGAAUAUGUUAAGUCACUCUUUGAUCCCUCACUCACCUGGGAUGAUGUUGCUUGGCUUAAAAGGUUAACACACCUACCAAUUGUGCUGAAAGGAAUACUCACUGCUGAAGAUGCCCUAUUAGGUCUAAAGGCAGGAGCUACAGGAAUCUGGGUGUCAAACCAUGGUGCACGUCAAGUGGAUGGAGUGCCACCAUCAAUUGAGGCCUUAUCUGAAAUAAUAAAAGCAGUUGAUGGAAGGUGUGAGGUAUAUGUAGAUGGAGGAUUUUCUGAAGGAACAGAUAUUUUCAAGGCCCUUGCUCUUGGAGCACGUAUGGUAUUUUUAGGACGACCACUCCUCUGGGGCCUUGCAUGUGGUGGAGAGGAAGGAGCUCUCAAUAUUCUCAACAUCUUAAAAGGUGAACUGGAUUCUACAAUGGCCCUCUCUGGGUGUGCAAGUAUAAAUGACAUCACCAAAGAUAUGGUAAUUCGUAAGGACCAUUACUCUCGCCUCUGAAGCUGAAUAACCCAUACUUAAAGAAAAUUGCACAAAAUUCUUACACACAUAUAACAGAUUAUUGGUUGUACUUUCAUGUUCUGCCCACAACCAGGUUUGUGGUUCAUGACAGCCCUCUUUAUGAAUUUUAUAUACAGUCAUGCUCUACUUGCAUCUCCACUGAAAAAACAGAAUCUAGAUGUAACCAGACAGAAGGAACACAAUCACAAUAUUUCCCUGCAGGCAAUAUUUGCAUCUCUUGUUUACAAAGUGAUUACAAAGCCAGACAUUUGUGGAAUGUUACCUACCAAUAACAAAAAAAUACAUGGGCCUUACAAUUAUCAUGAAUGCAUAUGGUAGUGUGGUGUCUACAUAUCCAAAAUAUAUAACUUCAUAACUAAAUUGUGGCCAUAAAGCAACAUAAGACUGUAUUGUGAUCACAACAAGGUUAACCCAUUAACGCUGGUAUAUUUUGAAGCCGAAAAUAAAAGAUUACAGGCGGCUAUAAAAUCGGCAGGCAGAGCUGCCCUGGCCUCUGUCUACCUGCCGACCGCGGCCCACUGCUGUGUCCGGAGCGUGAGCCCCAAUAAAGCAUCACACUGGUGGGACACCCGGCAAUGUUUAUUUUUUGGGGUGUCUCAUAUGUGGGACACCUGUCGUUAGUGGGUUAACUAAUCCGGAUGCUAGCAACCUUGAAGACUGUAUAUUUGCUAUAGAAAUAUCACAAUAAAAGAUGUAUUAUUAAUUCAUAGUCAGGCUCAAUCUUGGGCCAAGGCAUUGUACAAUGCUCCUUACCCAAGUGGACACUGCUACUGAUGUAUCAUAUUACACAAAAGAAAUGUAUGAAUAACAAAAUGAUUUUAAAAUUUAUAUUACAGUAUUUUAGUGUAAUUAAGUCAAUGACUUAAUAUAAGUUAUCUAAAUCUUGUAGUAUUACUAAAAGAAGCUUUCUAUAGAAUAACUGAUAUUUGGCACAAUUAUAAAAUUUACAGUCAGAAUUAUGCAUUUCGAUAAUUAAGUAUGUAAUCACCUCUCUUUCUGUCUUUGACUCUCUUUCACACAUGCACGCACACCACUUCUGCAACUAAAUCUUAUUAUGAAAAGCACAUAACCAAGAAUGUAUUGAAUCAAGAAACAAUACCUUUCCGUAACUACAUUCAUUUUAAGGUGAUUGGGUAAUUAAAUUUUCUUGUAAACUGAUUGAAAAAAAUAAAACAUUCCAAAUAUGCUG